AUGACCUCAGGCCCACCGGUUCAUCUACCUCCGAUCGCAAUUGGCGUGCUCAACAACAUACGCUGCGACGAUUGGUCUCGAGUGCCAGUGUACUUUCUCUCUUCGUCGGAGCUGUCGACCGCAUUACUUGGUCCAAUUUGCGAUUCUCUCACGAGAUCGUAUGCAAUCGAUGUAUUGGGUGAGGGACAGGUGGAAGACUACCAUGAGUUCCUCCAGCCUAUCUUGACACCCUUUGCAAGUGUCCAAGACUGCAUUGAGCACCACUUCGAUUCUCUUGAUCGAUGGCUGAUUGAGCAAUCGGAGCCUGAUGACUGGUCAAGAAUUUAUCCUCAUGGCAUUCUCGUAUUCAACAAGAACGACCAAGAAGCACUGCUCAUCCACGUCGACCAAAACAACCACACAUGGUACAUAGGAUCUAUCUAUCUGCCUAUCACAGAACUGGAGUCGCGUCUCACCAGCCUCAUAUUCGGCGAUGAAUGGUUCGGAGACAUGUGCGCUGAACACGACGUCCGUGUGCCUCAAAACGACCCGAACAUCAACGAGAAUUACAAGGAGCAUCGAAAGGACGAUACCGGAGCGUGGAAGAACAACUCACCGCGCUUCGCUAUCUUCUCCACAGGUUGGAGCCAUGCUUUGCCUGUACUAGGCAUGCUAGAUGAUGCACACGAGGAUGCACCUUUUGGCCACGCCGAUGUCGAAAUCUAUUCUUUGACUGGAUCAAUGUACCUUGGAGAGAAAGACAAGCUUAGGAAGAAAUUCCUAGCUUAUGUGGCUGCCGAUCAGAGGGGCGAGAGGAGACAUGGAGGAGAAGGACCGUGUCUCUCAUGCAGACCUUUGCACAAGAGCAUCUUCAUCGAUGUCGACAAUCCCGAACCAAGAAUUAAGGGUGUGCUAGUGUGCACAAUGGAAUGGGACGGCGACACAGAUGGCAAGUCCGAUGAACAGUUGGCCGAGAUAGGUUCAGAGGCGAAGAUUCAGACGAAGAGAGUAGGUGUCGCGUUCGCGGUGGCCACAGCGAAGGCCAUCUCUGCGAAUGGGGUCAACCAAGAGUCUGCAGGCUGGAAGGAGAAAUCCUAA